UCGCCAGUUCGACAAAUGUAAUCUUCGAGAAUCUUACGUCAAAAUACAUUGUGUAAUAAGAUUUGGCCAAAUAACGAUUUUUAAAAACAUCAAAACGAAAACUCUGGGAGCGAAGUCUAAACACAAUUUUUACUUGGGACUUGCUAACAUCGAAGGAACUCACUAGUUUUGAAAAAACUUGCCGACAUUGAAGAAACUAGUUCUCAAUACUUAGAUUACGACAGAAAUAUAGUUAAAGAAACCUUGAGAACUGAAGGCUCGGGUAUCGUACGAUUAAACUGCAUGAUUGUUGGAAUAUUAAACAAUCAACAUGUUUUUCUAUCUAUUUAAUGUAUUCAGCAUUAUACUAUUUGGAUUAGCAUCUGGAGAAUUACCCUUCCCUGCAACCAUCUGCAAACGAGAUUCAGUUGAUUAUUCCGCUUGUUUAAAACAAGCUUUUGAAGAAGCAUUUCCACGGUUUGUCAAAGGACUUACAGAAUUUGAUCUUCCAUCACUGGAUCCGUUAGUUUACGAAUUCGGCAAAGUUGUAUUUAAUUCGGGGGAUAUACACGCAGAAGUUGCUUUGAUGAAUACUAUUAUAAUCGGUAUGGCAAAGGUUCAAGUUAAUGACAUAAGAUCACACUUUCUUGAUGACAUUUUCCGUUUAGAAAUUGACGCACUAGUACCGAAAUUAAUCCUAAAAGGUGCUGUGAAAAUGAAUGGUACUCUAAGUAUAUUCAGAAUUGCUAAUGAAGGUCCCUUUAAUUUGACUGCUAAUGAUGUCAGCGGAACAUGGAAUAUGACAGGGCAUGUAGUAAACGAUACAUGGAUUGUAGAACAUAUCCGUGUACUUCCGUCUGUUAGAAAACUUAAAUUAUAUUUUGAUUUAUUCCAAGACAGUAAAGAGAUUAAUAAUGCUGUCGUAAAUUUUGCAAAUGAAUUUUGGCCACCAUUAUAUCGAGUAAUGUUACCAAUAACGUCUGAAGCAUGGGAUCCAUGGUUGACUGGCAUUGCUAAUAAGUUAUUUUCAAAAUUUUCUUUCUCAAAAGUAUUUCCAUAAAAUUCAUAUAUAUUUUACUAUACAUUAAGAAAUGUAAAUAGAUAACAAGAAAUUAGAGUAUUAUAUAAUCAA